GAGAGAAAGUCGGCGGAGAAUAGGCCUUUGCAAGAGAUGCGUAGCUCGACGCGCGACGCGGGUCCGGUCACAACGGGAGGGUAGGCUGCCAUGGCUUGCUCUCUCUGAAACUAUAAUAAUAUACGAGCUGAUGGAAUUCACGCACUACGCCUUUUCUAACGCAAGUGGAAAACGUAAACGUAACCUUUGCCCCUUUGCGUCCCGUGACACAACGCCCCUGCCACACCUCCAAAACUGUUAUUAGCUUGACUCCCGGCUUGACUUUCUAUAGUGUUAGCUAGCUGACUGGUAUGGCUGAAAGAAGAUUCCGUGCUGCCAGUAGCAGCAGCGGUGGAAACUCUACGGCAGGCACCGCGAGCGGGGCAGCAGGGGUGAUGGACGGCAGUCGAGCAGUACACCCGGCUCUCCAUGUGGACCUCAGCAGACCGCGACACGACCAGAGCACCUACUGGGGUCGCGCCCGGCACUUCAUGGAGACGGUGAACCCUCUCAACAUUCUCGCCAGCCCCGCCAAGCUCGAGGAGGCGGCGAGAACCGUCCAUGCCUACAAGAGAGGGGAGGUGGGCAAGGGGAUCACAGAGAGCCAGCUGUGGAAGGCCAAGAGGCUCUACGACUCUGCCUACCACCCAGACACCGGAGAGAAGAUGUUCAUCGUAGGCCGCAUGUCUUUCCAGGUUUACGGCAACAUGACCAUCAUUGGACUAAUGAUGACCUUCCACAAGCAUCCGGCAUCUGUGGUGUUCUGGCAGCUGGCAAACCAGACCUUCAAUGCCAUAGUCAACUACACCAACAGGAGCGGAGACCAAGUCAUCACAUACAGGGAUCUGGCCGUUCCGUUUGUUGCGGCAACUACUGGAGCCACCACUGCAGCUCUGGUCCUCAACUCCUUUGCCAAGAGAAUGCCUCCUCUGGUUGGGAGGUUUGUGCCACUCGCAGCAGUCGCCACUGCCAACACUAUCAAUAUACCCCUCGUGAGACAGAGGGAGCUAAGGGAGGGUAUUACUGUGGUGGAUGGUGAUGACAAUCAACUGGGCUCAUCUCAGAUAACAGCUCAACGAGCCAUUGGUCAGGUUGUGUUCUCACGGAUUGUCAUGGCCGUCCCUGGGAUGGGUAUGUAUAUACUCAUUAUAAGGUUCUUGUAGUACAUACAUACACACACUAGAGCUCUAUCCUCUAUCCUCUCUUUCCCUGCAGCAAUUCCUGCGUUCAUUAUGAACCACCUAGAAAAGAAAAACCUCUUUAAGGUAUACAUACAUCAUCUUCAUAAUACAACAUCUUUAAGCAGUGUAUAACAGAGUGUACUAUUACCCACCACUAGCAGCCUUGAAAUCCUGCGAAUGCACAUGGGCACUAUAAUUAUAUCUCCACCAAAAAAUAGGAAAAUAUCUGGCGUAAUACCAAUUCAGCCUAGUGCGCAGAGGCCUGGUUUUGAGGCUACGAUCACAUUGUAUCCCUCCACAGAGAAUGCCGUGGGCUAAUGCUCCGCUGCAAGUGCUGCUGGUCGGUCUCUGGUUAGUCUGUUACAGAUACUUGCAUAAGAUUUCACCGCGUGAGCCAAUCUCUCUCUGCUUCUUCUCCACACAGCCUCAUGUUUGCUACCCCUCUCUGCUGCGCCAUCUUCCCACAAAAGAGCUCUAUCGCAGUGGCCAGUCUGGAACCAGAGCUGAGGAACUCCAUCUCACGGUCCAGACCUCAGCUCACACACGUCUACUACAACAAGGGUCUCUAGAGACCCUCCCAACUCCUUUAUUAGAACAACAGUCUACUGACUAUAAGUAGUACUAGAUAUUGCAGGAGCGCAGUGUAUAUUUAUUAGCUGAGUGUUUUGUAUGAUGACAA